AUGACAAACGGAGCCUGCGGGAUCGAAUCCUUCUGCGGAAUAAAGUGGCAGUGCAAACAGAAUGUCAGUUUUGGCCGGCUGCCCAGCGGCCCUUUGAUACUACAGCAACAGAAUGAAGUCUCGCCCACCAUGAGGUUCAUACUGUUCACGCUGGCAUCGGCCAGUCUCACCCUCGCAGCUCUCGAUGUUGACCUCACCUCAGCAGACUCUAUCAAAUCCGCCGCCAAAGCAAUUGCCGAGAAUCUAAUGUCCUAUUACAAAGGCGACCAGCCUGGUCAGAUCCCCGGUAUUCUCCCAGGCCCACCACCUGGGGGCGACUACUACUGGUGGCAGGGCGGCGCACUGUGGGGUGCGAUGAUAGACUACUGGCGUCAAACUGGCGACACGACAUGGAACGACGCUAUACAGCAAGCUCUGCUCUUCCAGUCCGAAUUCAGCUACAUGCCCAAGAACUGGUCCAUCUCCCUGGGAAACGAUGACCAGGGAUUUUGGGGGAUGAGUGUUCUGCUCGCAGCCGAGAACAAGUUCCCAGACCCGCCCCCAGACGAGCUUCAAUGGCUGGCACUCGCCCAAGCCGUCUUCAACACCCAAGCUGGCGCAGAUCGACACGACAAGGAGUGCGGCGGAGGCCUGCGCUGGCAGAUUCCACCAUCUAAUCGUGGGUACGACUACAAGAACAGCAUCGCGAAUGGUAUCUUCUUCAACCUUGGUGCAAGGCUCGCGAGAUAUACAAACAACGCGACAUACUAUGACUGGGCUGUGAAGACCUGGGACUGGGAAACUGGAGUAGGUCUCAUGGAUGAAGCAUAUAACAUUUACGACGGCGGCCACGUCCAAGUAAACUGCACAAAUAUCGACAGGGCACAAUUCUCAUACAAUGCUGCUGUCUUCUUGCAAGGUGCCGCCUUCAUGUACGACCACACCAAUCAAUCCGACCUCUGGCGCGGUCGCGUCCAAGGCCUCGUCAAUCAGACCAUCAACAUCUUCUUUCACGACGGCCCGGCGGUGGAGCGGUCCUGCGAGACGCCCGAGAAGGUAGGCUGCACGACCGAUAUGAAGAGCUUCAAGGGCUACCUCCACCGAUGGAUGGCAAACACCGCCCAGCUUGCGCCAUUCGUACACGAUCAGAUUAUGGAGACACUCCGGAACAGCACUGCCGCAGCGAUCAAGUCAUGCACAGACGGUGUAGACAACGGGAACGGGGUCUCAACCGCCACAUGUGGCUUCAGGUGGACGACGGGAGAGUAUGAUGGAGACACCGGCGCUGGCCAACAGAUGAACGUGCUGGGUGCCCUGACGAGCUUGCUGGUUGACUUGCAGCGGGACGAGAUCAGUGGCCCAGUGACGAAUUCCACAGGCGGCACGAGUGUGGGCGACCCUAACGCAGGUGAAGAGCCUGAUUACAUGAAGCCGGCUCCACCCCCAGAAGCGAAGGACAAAGCAGGCGCGGCCAUCAUCACGUCGCUGAUGCUUAUUGCUAUGCUGGGCGUGCUAGGGUGGAUGAACUCAAAUCGUUUUGAGGGUUGA